ACGAAGACCAAGAUUACUAUGAAUUGAGUCAAGACCCGUGUUGGCAGCUGGUCAAUCAUGGCCAGUUCUCAAAGUCUGAUAAACCAAAUAUCUAGGUAUCAAUCGGAACGCGUUCAUCACAAGAUCAAGAUGCAGAAAACUGAAGGUACUACUCAAUGGCUUACAAGAGAGAUCUCUACAUGGCUGGAUCACCGAGCUGAGAAAAGUUCUGGCAAGUCCAACUGCCUGUGGAUAUCUGGAACAGUGGGUUGCGGGAAGACGUUCUUGGCGUGAGUUGAACUCGAUCGGCACAAAUUGAGUACUAAAAAUAACAGAAAUACCG